UACCUGUGAGCAGCUCUUGCUCUUCUUGGCUGUCCAGGCUGAGGAUCUGCUCAGGAUGAAGGUGCUUCUGGCUCUUCUGCUGGCUGGCCUUGUGUGCAUGGAGCUAGCCCAGUCCUUGCGAUGCUACACCUGCAAAGAACCGACGGAUCUCUCUGCGUGCACCACAAUCAGCAACUGCUCUAAGAACGACACUGUGUGCAAGACAACUUUGCAUUCUGUAGACUCGGGUUACCCCUUUUUCAGGAACAUCACCGUCUCCAAAUCCUGCGCUGAAACGUGCAUGCCCUCUGACCCGGAUGGAAUUGGGGAGUCCCACCCCAUCUCGUGCUGUUACAGCGACCUGUGCAAUGCCGGGGGAGUGCCAGGGCUGAGAGCCAGUGCCGUGGCGAUCACAGCUGCCACUCUCUGGACCCUCCUGAGGGUCAUGCUGUAGCACAGCAGGGUCUCAGACAGAAGUCCUCCUGGCCACGCUGCCCAAUGCGUGGCACUGUUAGACGCUUGAGGAAGAUAUUUCUUCAGUUAACUGUGGCCUCUUCGAUCUAUGCCGGGAAUUUAAUGGACCUUUGGAGAUCAAACCCACCCAGCUUUGAAACCCUGGGCAGCGCUCGGCUCCCAGCUGCUAAUCAAGGGGACAUGUUUCUUCAGCAUUGACUACAUCCUGCCGCUGCAGCCCUCCAGGGAUGGGGACGUGGAAGAGACAUGGCCGUUCUGCAUAGCAGGAAGGGU